AGCAGACUCUGGAAGGCGACCCUGCUCAGCCGGGGGACUUCUACCUGUCCCUGCUGGACCCAAAAACCCUCGCAGAGUGCUGGCCCCCAGAUGGCUUGAUGCCUGAGAGCAGCUACUGGCAGCUCUGCCCUCCCUCCAAGUCCGGCCUGCAGGGGGGGUUGCUGAGCUCUAGUUUCCCGCCCGGCCCCUCGGCGCUGGUUCCGCCUGAUGCUCACCUGCAGGAGGGCGGCGACCCCCUGGACGGGGCCCCUUCUCAGCCGCCGUCGCAGCACCGCCCCCUGGCGCCCAGCACCUCAGCGUCCGAGCUGUCCCUCCCCGGAGCGGCGGUGCCCCCUCCAGGCCCUGGACCCCCACCACCCCCUCCUCCACCACCCAAACGACACUGCCGCUCGCUGUCGGUGCCCGAGGACCUGUCGCGCUGCCGCUACACGUGGCGGCCCAGCGCCUCGCGGGUCUGGACGCCCGUCAGCCGUCAGCAGUGCCACGGGGGAGCGGGGGGAGGGGUCACGGGAGGGGGUAUAGGGGUGGGAGCGGCGGGGGGCGGAGCCUGUCCUCUCCGCGCCCCCAGCUCCUCCCUGAACUCGUCGCUGCACUCCUCGUCCAGCCCCACCUUUUUUAGCCUCGCGCUGUCGCCGGACUCGCCGCUACCGUGGAGCUUCCCCUGGGACCCCAGUGAGGCGGCGGCAGGGGGAGGAGCCUGCUGUUGCUUCUUCCCCUCCCCUUCCUCUUGCUCCUCCUCUCCCUCCCCGCUUCACCCGCCCCCGCCUCCUCAGCGGCGUUUCUCCCUCUCCCCGGUGCUCAUCAGAGACUCGGCUGCCUCCACCUUCCUGCCCCCGCCUCCAGUGCCCAGCCAAGCGGCGGCGGCGCCUCCACCUGGCUGCGUCACAUUGGCAGGCGGCGUGACCGCGGGCGGCCCUGUUCCCGCCUCGCCCUCGUCGGCCUGCAGCACACCGUCGUCUGUGCGCCGCAGCCUUCCGCCGCAGCUACCGCGCUGCCACUCGCAGCCAUGUGACCUGCUGCUCCUCAAACCGGGUCUGAAGAGACGCCGCGACCCCGACAGGCCCUGCGCCCGGCCCGUCCUCGACUUCACCAAGAUGACACAGACGCGCAGCAUCGACCCGCAGUGUCUGGAGCGCGGCGGCGGCAGGCUGGCCUGCGGCGGCGACCUCUGCAUGGGCAUGGAGCCCUUCAUGGGCGACUUCCGGGGCUCCUGCUCGCCGGCCGAGUGCCUGGGCAGGACCAGCAUCGGGCCGCUGAGCGAGAGCGACGAGGAGUGCCGCGAGGACCAGGACGAGGACGACGAAGGAGAGGAGGAAGCAGACGAGCGUGAGGCGGCGCAGCAGGCGGUGUUCGAGCGGGACUGUACAGAGCUGGACUUGAACUUAAUAGAAGAAAACUGACGUAUUUGUAAAUGAAGGCUGUUCUGUGUUCUUUAGUUUUAUUUUGAAAUUAUCUAAACCCCCCCAUCCCCACUUCCUGGACCGCCACCAUCUCAACACUCGGCACCUCCUUGCCACCAAUCAGCAAGGCUCUCAGGAACAACACCUUCUCUCAUUGGACGAGCUGAUUGACACGACAGUGAUGAUGUGGCUGCCGCCGUUAAACGCUCACCCGGAGUCUGAGGCGCGGUCGCCCGACGCCGUCAGGCCUCUGAGGCACAGAGUUUCCUUGCCUCAGGCCUUCGAGCGCCACGCCGCAGCGGCGUCCUGAAACAGCAUCACCACGCCGACCUCGCCGACCCAAACCAGAACAGAACCCCGAGCUCGUCUUCCUGAAACUUUCGAGUACGAAACGUGUCGGGUGACGUUCAGGAAACUAAAAUAUGGAUCAGGUACCGAGGAGAAACAUUUAGUCUGAGGGGUCUCGGGGUUAAAGGUUAAACUUCGCACUGUAGUGUUCAGCGCCACAGAGGGAGGGGUCAUCACUUCCAUCACACGAAAAAGACAAAGAACCAGAAUAAAACCCGAAUACGUUUGUAAAUAUAUUCAGAGUUCCAGCGACUCUCCAGGAGAGCUGUGGUAACGCUGCUCUGCUGCAGCACGCACAGGUGAGGCUUAGCAUGAAAACAUCGUCAAGGUCAGAAUAAACAAACCUGACUGGAGUUCAGCCUGCUCUGACCUCUGACCUUAGAGAAGAACAGGACGUAGACUGAGCGAUAUUUCAUCUGUUCUGCUUCAGGUCCGUUGUAAACGCAGGUCGGCGUUUACAACGCCGUCCCGUUUCACAGAGGCGACUGGUGCUCAGCGACUCUGUGCUCGUUCCUGAGGCGCCGCCGUUUACUUUAGAAAAGGUUUAAAUGGAUCCAAACACUCAUGGAGUCACUGAUUCAAUCGAGCGUGAUCGCUUCAUCAUGAAAUCUGAUGUCAUACACACACCUGUCCCGUCUCGUGACCUCGGCGUGGUGAUGCGUUCGGGCUCCCGGCGGCCGUGCUGAGCGCCGGCAGCCACUGAUGCUGUUGUUCACCUGAGUGUUCACAGAUUCCUGCUGCACACACCUGUCCCCAAAACCACUCCCCGUGUGUGUGUGUGUGUAUGAGUGUGUAUCCAUAUCUUUGUGGGGACCGUGCCCUCGACUUUGGAGACAUGUUUGAGACUCAGAAUGUGGUUUUAGUGUCAGGGUUACAGUUCGGCUAUGGUUAGGGUAAGCAUUAUGUCAAUUAUAUGUCCCCACAAGCAUAUGAAAACCCGUGUGUGUGUGUGUGUGUGUGUUCUGGCACUGACGUCACAGUCCUGGUGGUCAUGUGACUUGUAUCCAUACAGUUUAAAGUUUCGGGCGAACGAGUUGAAGAAAGCGAGCUCGAUCCACAUGAAGGAGUGGACACGAGCUGAUGCGAACAAACGUCGGCGUAAUGACAAACACUUUGACACACUAGGCUAACGCGGAGGGGGUGGGGCUUAUAACCUACUCGGGGCCAUAGACUCCCAGCUCACCUGUGUAAAUUAUUAAUAUUAUUAGGGGCCUCUUUGACCGACAGGUGCUGACAUGCUGUGUGGGUAAUUGUACUAACAGACCAUCCAAGAAGCCUGAGCUCCAUGAUUUUGAGGAAGUUAUCAGGACAAAGUACAAGUCUCUAAUAUUUGGAGAGCACGUUGCCUCUUUUCCUUCUGUGUUACUGCUGGACUUUAUGAAGGUUUGUCCCAGCAGGUGUAACUGUUGGUGUACCAGUCGCACACGGUUGGUUUUCAAUUCAAUUCAAUUUUAUUUACACAGCGCCAAAUCACAACAACAGUCGCAUCAAGCUGCUUUAUAUUGUACAGUAGACCCUACAAUAAUAGAUACAGAGAAAAACCCAACAAUCAUAUGACCCCCUAUGAGCAAGCACUUUGGUGAUAGUGGGAAGGAAAAACUCCCUUUUAACAGGAAGAAACCUCCGGCAGAACCAGGCUCAGGGAGGGGCGGGGCCAUCUGCUGUGAUUGGUUGGGGUGAGAGAAGGAAGACGGGAUAAAGACAUGCUGUGGAAGAGAGACAGAGAUUAAUAACAGAUAUGAUUCAAUGCAGAGAGGUCUAUUAACACAUAGUGAGUGAAGAAGAAACAUCCAGUGCAUCAUGGGAAUCCCUGGCAGCCUACACCUAUUGCAGCAUAACUAAGGGAGGAUUCAGGGUCACCUGGUCCAGCCCUAACUAUAUGCUUUAGCAAAAAGGAAAGUUUGAAGCCUAAUCUUAAAAGUAGAGAUAGUGU